AUGUGUGAAGUAACAUCAUCAAACUUCUUUGAAUUAUUUCCAUUAAUUAUUCAAUUAAUUGAUAAAUCAUGUUUUCUUGCAAUUGAUACUGAAUUUAGCUCAAUAGAUACAUUUUCUUCGUCAAUUAAAUCUGUAAAACAAUUUUAUGAACAACGUUCAAAUUUUGUAAAACAAAUAACAAUAUUUCAAUUUGGUCUUGCUAUUUUUUCUAAAACAUCUGAUCAACAAAAAUAUGAUGUUAAUAUUUAUAAUUUUUAUCUUAAUCCAACAUCAAUUCAUCCAAUUGAUGUGAAAUAUUUAAUUCAAUCAUCAUCAAUAAAAUUUUUAUCUGAAUAUAAUUUUGAUUUUAAUAAAUGUUUUUAUUCAGGUAUAUCGUUUGUUAAUCAAACACAAGAACAAAUUUUAUUAAAUCAAAAUAAAUCAAUGUCAAAUUAUAGAUUUUCAAUUAGUGAACAAAAUUUUUUAAGUUUUUUAUUUGAAAAAAUAAAUGAAUGGUUAAUAACAGCACAUAUUGGUGAUCAAAUGCAAUAUGAAUUACAUAAUAAUAAUAGAGAAAUUUUAAAUGAUUAUUUACUUCAUUUUGAAUUUCGUCGUUGUUUUAAAACAAUUUGGACAAUGACGAAAAUAAUUGACAAUAAAAAAAUACUUUUUAUUGAACAUAUUACAAAAGAAACAUAUGAACAAAAGAUAAAAGAUAAUAUUGAUAAUAAUCAAGGGUUUCAAUUAUUUAUUCAAUCAUUAAUUGGUUUUACUAAUCUUAUACGUUACAUACGGGAUAAUUAUCGAAAACCAAUUGUAGGACAUAAUUGUUUUCUUGAUUGGUUAAUUAUUUAUGAUAAAUUUCUUGAUAAUCUUCCAUCAAAAUUUGAAGAAUAUCAAAUAUUAAUGAAUAAAAAUUUUUUAUUAUCAAUAUUUGAUACAAAAUAUCUUGCAUUAGAAAUGAAAGAAUAUUUAUUUACACGUCAAAAUCGUUCAAAUAUAAGUAAUUAUAUUGAAAAUUUAACAACAGCAACAUCACUUUCAUCAUUAUAUGAUUUAUUAACAUCAAAAUAUUAUGAUAGUUUAAUAUUUUUUAAACCAAUUAUUGAAAUAAAUUCAAAUAAUCGAUAUAAGACUCAAGUUUGGAAACAUGAAGCUGGUUAUGAUGCAUAUAUGUCUGGAGUUAUAUUUCUUAAAUUAAUUUAUUUAUAUGAACAAAAAAAAAUUCAUAAAAUUGAUUUAAAUGAAUGUCAAUCAAUAUUUGAUACAUGUUUAAAUGAUAUACAAAUAUAUAAAAAUCGUUUUUAUUCAACAUUUAUUUCAUAUAUAUCAUUAAAUCGAUAUGAUAAAAAUAAAAAUUUCAAUAAAAAAUUACAACAAUGUCUUGUUAUUGAAAAAUAUAAUAAAGAUAAAAUUGAUAUGUCAGAUAUAAUAUCACGUUUUAAUUCAUAUUGUUCAAUGGAAUAUGAAAUAAAUAAUAAUUUAAAUAAAAUUUAUCUUUUAUUUCAAUCUGAACAUUGUCAACGACAAAUUCUUAAAGAUUAUACAAAUCAUCCAUUAUAUAAAAUUGAAAAAUUUAAUUGGUUUAAACAUUCAUUAUUUGUUAAAUAUACAUUUGGAAUAUCAAUAGUAAUGACUGGUAUUUGUAUUUUUUUUCUAGUCAAACGUCAAAUGUGA